CAAAAUAACUCAAUUACCCCUUGCACAAAAAAAAUCAUCGCCGUCCACCUGCCUUACCACGGGGUACGCCACUCCCUUCAGCUUGCUAACGCACCCCCUGCUAUCACACCACUCACUCCCAUCCUCCAAGCACCAUCCUUCAAGUUCCAGCACAACAAGAACUCCGUCUUAGUCGCCAGUAAUACCGCUGCACCGAGAUCGGAGAAGGGAGGAAAGAAAACCAAAAGAGGUAUGGGUUGUUGGCGGUGAAGACAGCCUCAACGGCGACAGUCGUUUUCGAUUCCAACGACCUCGACAAGAUGUCUUCUCUACCAAUGUGGAGAUCUAGAUUAUGAGAAGACAUACAAUCCUAAAGAAUUGCCGUCCAACUCCAAUUCUCCCACUUGAUUGUCAUUGGAGAAGCCGGCCUGCCGCUGCUCCGUCACACAUCUCGGUCAAUCCACCAACCUUCCCGCCUCCUAGCUCUGAAUUCUAUUCGCUAACCAAGGUUUCGCCAUGGCAAUGAAGGCUUAAGGCCGAUUAGCUUGUGUUCGGAGGAGGAAAAUGGUUCUGGAGAUGGCUAAUUCCAAGCCUUUGUUCCUGACGAUCUACGCCACCGUCGCUGUUGGCGUAGUCUUCUCGGCUUUCUAUGUUUUCUCCGCCGUCUAUUCCUCUUCUGCCACCUCCUCUCCGCCUAUAUCCUCCUUUUCCAUCGCUUCCAUUUCUCCGUCCUCUUCAUCAGAUGCAGCAACUGCCUUUCCAAUUCCAAAACUUAAUGAGUCUCAAGCAGUGGGAGCUGGUCUACCUCAAGCAUCAAAUUCUCCGGUGCAAAGAAAGUCACUAAAACCAAUAUGGAAGGCCCCCCCUCCUGGUUCAAGGAUGCCAUCCCUAGAUACUUUCCGAUUGACAAAAGAAUUGUUUCAGGAAAGAGUGAGGGAAAAUGUAAUAGUUGUCACCUUUGGUAACUAUGCAUUCAUGGAUUUCAUUUUGACAUGGGUUAGGCACUUGACAGAUAUGAAUGUUGAUAACCUACUAGUUGGUGCGAUGGACACCAAACUAUUGGAGGCUCUUUACUGGAAAGGUAUACCUGUCUUUGACAUGGGUAGCCACAUGAGUACAGUAGAUGUUGGAUGGGGAUCACCAACAUUUCACAAGAUGGGAAGGGAAAAAGUUCUUCUUAUAGAUUCUGUCCUACCUUUCGGUUUUGAGCUCCUAAUGUGUGAUACUGAUAUGGUGUGGUUAAAGAACCCUCUUCCAUACAUUGCACGUUUCCCUGAAGCCGACAUCUUGACAUCCACUGAUCAAGUUGCACCAACGGUUACAGAUGACAGUUUGGACAACUGGCAGCUAGUUGGUGCUGCUUACAAUAUUGGAAUAUUUCACUGGAGGCCAACAGAUUCCUCAAAAAAGUUGGUGAAAGAGUGGAAAGAAAUGCUUCUAAAUGAUGAUAAAAUAUGGGAUCAGAAUGGUUUCAAUGAGAUCAUCCGCAGACAGUUAGGCCCAUCUGUUGAUGAUGACAGUGGACUUGUCUAUGCUUAUGAUGGAAAUCUCAAGCUGGGACUUCUACCCGCAAGUAUCUUCUGCAGUGGGCACACUUAUUUUGUCCAGUUGAUGUAUCAACAACUCAAACUAGAGCCCUACGCUGUACAUACAACAUUCCAAUAUGGAGGGACUGAAGGGAAGCGCCAUCGAUUGCGUGAAGCUAAGGUUUUCCUCGAUCCAAUAGAAUACUACGACCCACCAGGCGGGUUUUUGUCAUUUAAACCAUCUAUACCCAAAAGCUUGUUACUAGAUGGAGAAAAUAAUAUUGAAUCACACUUCUUUCUUGUUAAUUACCAGAUCAAACAAAUAAGGACUGCACUUGCCGUUGCUUCACUGUUAAAUCGCACAUUGGUGAUGCCUCCACUGUGGUGUAGGUUAGAUAGGUUAUGGUUUGGACACCCUGGUGUUUUGUUGGGCUCCAUGACAAGACAGCCCUUUGUUUGUCCUCUGGAUCAUGUAUUUGAGGUUAAUGUUAUGUUGAAAGAGCAACCAGUGGAAGAAUUUGGACCUGGGAUCAGUUUUAGAGAGUAUUCUUUAUUUGACAAUCCAUUAAUGCCCCAAGAGGUGAAAGAGUCAUGGCUUGAUGUGCAACUAUGCCGAGAAGGGUCGCAAGGCUGCCAACUUUCCAACAGUACUACUGAAAUGGGAAUUCUUAAAUUCCCCAAGAAUAGUAGUGAAGAAACGUUUAAGACAAUAUUCUCUUCCUUCAAGGAUGUCAAAGUGAUUCAGUUCUCAUCAAUGAAGGAUGCAUUUCAAGGUUUCUCUGAUAAGGUAAGGGAAGAAAGAUUCGGGAAGCGAGUGAAGCGAUACGUGGGGAUAUGGUGUUGUGUGGAAAACCAAACACCAGGUCACAUAUAUUAUGACAUGUAUUGGGAUGAGACAUCUAAUUGGAAGCCUGUGCCACCACAGACUCCCCAAGAUGAUCACCCUCACUGGUGAAUAUGCAUCACUCUUCGCUUUAAAAAUCCCACAUUCUUCCUUCCCAAGAGCUGUGGAACCAUCAAAGUUAGAGCUGAUAAACGGUCGGUCAUGUCAGGUUUGGUACUCUCCGGUUUGGGUUUAGAAAUGUUUGUUCAUGGCCUAAUGUAUUUUGGGUUCGAAGUGACCCAACCGAUUAGGAGGUUUAUUUUCUAGAGUAUUACUACAAUUUGUGCUACUCGUAUUUUAUAUACGUAGUAAAAGAGAUGUACUCCCUCCGCCCCAUAAUUUUUCUCAUAGGGAGUAUAAGUUGUGGUUGAAUUUUGUUUAAAUGAGAAAUAAUAUGGUUCACGAAAUCUUUUCUUGAAAAAGGUGGAACAAAAACUUUGAGACAGCCCUAAGAGAAAAGAAAGAAACAAGUGAUGGGGCGGGGAGAGUAAUAAAUUACUCUGAAGUAUGCUCUGCCUUGAUUUGGUUUAUCUAUUUGAUUUUUCAGUGUUUGAUACUUCAUUUUGAUGUUAGUAACUAUACUACUGUAUUAAAAGUUUUACAAAAAA